AUGGCUGCUUCCGAUGGAAGCGAGUACUUCGAAAUUGGAUCAAUCGGGAGUGAGAGCUUUGCUAGAGCCUCCAACGCCGACACUGUAACAGAGGACGAGGAGGAGCUGCAGUGGGCGGCGCUCUCCAGGUUGCCGUCGCAGAAGCGCAUCAACUACGCUCUCCUCCGCGCCUCCUCUUCCCGUCCGCAACCUCCUACGCAAGGCUCCGUCACCGGCACUGAGAAUUUAGUCGACGUUCGAAAACUGAGCCGCUCUCGCCGCGAACUCGUUGUCAAUAAAGCUCUCGCCACCACCGGCCAAGACAACUACCACCUCCUCUGCGCCAUCAAAGAACGCCUCGAGAGGGUUGGAUUGGAGGUGCCGAAGGUCGAGGUGAGGUUCAAGAACCUGAACGUCUCUGCCAAUGUUCAAAUCGGUUCCAGAGCUCUUCCUACUCUGAUUAAUUUCUCUCGCGAUUGCUUUGAGGGUAUACUAACCAAGUUGAGGUUGUGUAAACCUAAACGGCAUUCCCUUACCAUACUUAACGAUAUCAGUGGCGUCAUCAAGCCUGGAAGGAUGACUUUGCUAUUAGGACCUCCGGGAGCGGGUAAAACCAGCUUACUUCUGGCUCUCGCUGGCAAGCUUGACAAAGCCCUCAAGAAAACUGGUAAUAUAACAUACAAUGGCCACGAGAUAGAUGAGUUUUAUGUUCGACGGACUUCUGCAUACAUUAGCCAAACAGAUGAUCACGUUGCAGAACUGACCGUACGAGAAACUUUGGAUUUCGGUGCUAGAUGUCAAGGUGCAGAAGAAGGCUUUGCAGCAUAUACGAGUGAACUGGGCCGCCUAGAGAAGGAAAAGAACAUACGACCUAGUGCAGAAGUUGACGCGUUUAUGAAGGCAUCAUCUGUCGGAGGUAAAAAACACAGCGUGAAUACAGAUUACGUUUUGAAAGUGCUUGGCCUCGAUAUAUGUUCAGAGACAAUAGUUGGCAACGAUAUGAUACGAGGGGUCUCUGGCGGCCAAAAGAAGAGAGUUACAACAGGAGAAAUGAUUGUUGGUCCAAGAAAAACACUAUUUAUGGAUGAAAUAUCAACUGGUCUUGAUAGCUCUACUACGUUCCAGAUAGUAAGAUGCAUAAAGAAUUUUGUUCAUCAAAUGGAUGCUACAGUACUCAUGGCUCUCCUUCAACCAGCUCCUGAAACAUUUGAGCUAUUUGAUGAUCUGGUGCUUCUAUCAGAAGGGUACGUGGUGUAUGAAGGCCCUCGAGAAGACGUGCUCGAGUUUUUUCAGUCGUUAGGCUUUCAAAUUCCACCUCGUAAGGGGAUCGCUGACUUUCUCCAGGAGGUUACCUCUAAAAAAGAUCAAGAGCAAUACUGGGCUGAUCCUUCAAAACCAUAUACGUUCGUCUCAGUUCCUGAUAUUGCACUAGCCUUUAAAAAUUCCAAAUUUGGAAGGUAUAUGGAAUCCAUGCAAAGCCAUUCCUAUGAUAGAUCAAAAUCUCAUCCUUCAGCUUUGGCUAGAAGUAAAUAUGCGGUGCCAAGAUGGGAUACUGCCAAAGCUUGCUUUGCACGAGAACUCCUUUUGAUCAAAAGGCAUAGCUUUCUUUAUAUUUUUAGAACCUGCCAGGUUGCUUUUGUAGGAUUUGUCACAUGUACUGUAUUCCUGCGGACAAGGUUACAUCCCACAGAUGAGGUUUACGGACGUCUUUAUCUUUCUGCUUUAUUUUUUGGAAUGGUUCACAUGAUGUUUAAUGGGUUUUCUGAGCUACCUCUUCUAAUAAGUCGGCUUCCAGUAUUUUAUAAGCAAAGGGAUAAUUUGUUCUAUCCUGCAUGGGCGUGGUCUCUUACCAGUUGGGUUCUCCGUGUACCCUAUUCCGUUGUUGAGGCUGUUAUAUGGACUGUUGUUGUAUACUACAGUGUCGGGUUUGCUCCAUCAGCGGGAAGGUUUUUUCGCUACAUGCUUUUACUUUUUUUAAUGCAUCAAAUGGCAUUAGGUCUCUUCCGUAUGAUGGCAGCUGUUGCACGAGAUAUGGUCCUUGCCAAUACAUAUGGAUCAGCUUCACUACUUGUUGUAUUCUUACUUGGAGGAUUUAUAUUACCUAAAGGUAGGCAGCACUGUAAAUUGCACUUUAAAGAUCUAGUUAACAAUAUGGCUAUUGGUAGUGAUUUGGCUCUCAUUACUUCAGCAAUGAUUAAACCAUGGUGGAUUUGGGGCUACUGGUUGUCACCCCUUACCUAUGGACAACGGGCUAUUACAGUUAAUGAAUUUACUGCUACAAGAUGGAUGAAGAAAUCCCAAACUGGGGAGAGCACAGUUGGUUACAGUGUCCUCGUCUCAAACAACCUACCAACUGUUGACUACUGGUAUUGGAUUGGUAUUGCAGUUUUACUUGUCUACGCACUUUUUUUCAACAACAUGGUCACGGUGGCCUUGACCUUUCUGAAUCGCAGUAAUCAGGUCUAUGAAAUGAGUACCCGUGCCAAAUCCGCGAGAGAGGACAAUAAUAAGAAAGGAAUGAUUCUUCCAUUUCAACCGCUGACAAUGACAUUCCAUAAUGUCAAUUAUUUUGUCGAUAUGCCAAAGGAGAUAAGCAAGCAAGGCGUACCUGAAACUCGGUUGCAGCUCUUGACAAACGUGAGCGGCGUUUUCUCACCUGGUGUUCUUACAGCAUUAGUGGGCUCUAGUGGAGCUGGAAAGACCACUCUAAUGGACGUACUGGCUGGUAGGAAAACUGGAGGGUACAUAGAAGGGGACAUUAAAAUUUCGGGUUACCCUAAAGAGCAACGAACAUUUGCCAGAAUAUCAGGAUAUGUUGAACAAAAUGAUAUACAUUCUCCUCAAGUAACAGUUGAGGAGUCACUAUUGUUUUCUUCAGCUCUUCGUCUUCCAAAGGAAGUUGUAGUUGCUAAAAGACUUGAGUUUGUUGAACAAGUGAUGAAACUCGUUGAGCUUGAUGCUUUGAGAAAUGCUUUGGUCGGUAUGCCAGGUAGUUCUGGCUUAUCAACAGAGCAGAGAAAGCGAUUAACAAUAGCAGUGGAGCUUGUAGCAAACCCUUCCAUUAUUUUUAUGGAUGAGCCUACUUCUGGACUUGAUGCACGUGCAGCAGCUAUUGUAAUGAGAGCUGUUCGAAAUACUGUUGAUACUGGUAGAACUGUGGUUUGUACCAUACAUCAGCCAAGUAUUGAUAUAUUUGAAGCAUUUGAUGAUUUACUUCUUAUGAAACGAGGCGGACGAGUAAUAUAUGGGGGAAAGCUUGGUGUGCAGUCACAGAUAAUGAUAGACUACUUUCAGGGAUUCAAUGGAAUUCCCCCCAUUCCAAAUGGUUACAAUCCGGCUACCUGGGUGCUUGAGGUUACUACACCUGCUACUGAAGAGAAACUUAAUGUAGAUUUUGCAGAACUUUACAAGAAUUCGAACCAAUUCAGGGGGGUGGAGUCUUCUAUCGUGCAAUUUGGACAUCCUCCUCCAGGCUCUCAUCCACUGAAGUUUGAUACCGUAUAUUCACAAAACCUGUUUUCCCAAUUUUUACAAUGCUUAUGGAAACAAAACCUUGUGUACUGGAGAAGUCCAUCGUAUAAUGCAAUGAGGUUAUACUUCACCACAAUAAGUGCUGUGAUAUUUGGUUCCGUAUUUUGGGAUGUUGGCUCAAAAAGGGAAUCACCUCAAGAGCUGAUGGUGGUUAUGGGAGCUCUUUAUUCUGCAUGCAUGUUUCUUGGGGUAAACAACUCUUCUUCUGUACAGCCAAUUGUAUCAAUAGAAAGGACAGUGUUUUACAGAGAGAAAGCUGCUGGUAUGUAUUCUCCAAUAGCUUAUGCGGCAGCCCAGCUAUUUGCUUUACAUAACUUGGAAUCCACUCGCAAUUUCGUGGUACAAACAGGGACCAUCAACCCUCCUUCCACCUAA